AGAUGUAAGAGUCUGGGCUCACCAAAAUCAUUCCUUUGAUAUGUACCUCAGCUAUCUGGGGCCAGUAUCCCGUGUUUUCACAUCCUGCAUUUCAUCAAGCUGCACCUCGGGGUUGGCUGCAGUCUGAUGAUGGCUGGCUGGCCGAUAUUCUUUGUUUCCUUCCUGAGUUCCCUCAGGGCUCACGGUUGGGGGCAGGGCUGCAAUGGCUGACAGCUGCGGCAUCUUUUGUUUACUGACAUGGCAGGCAACAUUUUAUUUCUCAGUAGCGUCCUUGGCCCAAACUUUCCCAGGAUGACUCAGACGGGUGAAGGGGCAUCAUUACUGUCAUUACCUUCUAUUCCUCCGCAGUUAAAGAGGCCCCCACCCACUUGGCCUGGAGAGUCAAGGUUGGUGUGGGCCUCCAGCAAAUGACAUUUUCUCACCCCAGGUCUCAAAGCUUAAGUAGGAAAGAGUCCUUCCCGGGAAGUGGUGGGGGAAGCUCCAGAUUUCCUUGGGGGCUCCUCAGCUGUUCCCCAGCCUUGAAGAAACAGCUGGAAAGCUGUUAGGGCUUCAGUAGCUAAUCUGAGACCCCAGCCCCUGUUGCUUCAAACCGCGCAGGUGGGACUUUUAUGCUAAGCUGUAGUCUGCAAAAUAUCAACCAACCAAAACCGACUCACUUAUCCCUUAUCCCUUCAAGUUCCUCUCAUACCUGUGUUGACUGAAAACAAAACAAAAACAAAAAUGCACAACCUAAAAGUUGCGAGUUAUGUGGGAUUUUUAAAAAAAUAUUUUUUAAAUUUUAAUUUAUUUAUUCAUUUUUUGGCUGUGUUGGGUCUUCGUUGCUGCAAGCGGGCUCCUCUUUGCUGCGGUGCGCGGGCUUUUCAUUGCGGUGGCUUCUCAUGUAGCGGAGCACGGGCUCUAGACGCGCGGGCUUCAGUAGUUGUGGCUCACGGGCUUCAGUAGUUGUGGCUCGCGGGCUCUAGAGCUCAGGCUCAGUAGUUGUGGCACACGGGCUUAGCUGCUCCGCGGCAUGUGGGAACUUCCCGGACCAGGGCUCGAACCCGUGUCCCCUGCACUGGCAGGUGGAUUCUUAUCCACUACGCCACAAGGGAAGCGCCUUAUGCGUGAUUUUUUGGGUUUUUGGCCGUUCCACGUGGCUUGUGGCAUUCUAGUUCCCUGACCAGGGAUCGAACCUGGGCCCCAGCAAUGAAAGCGCCGAGUCCUAACCACUGGACCUCCAGGGAAUUCCUGCGAGUUGUGGGGGUGGUUUUUUGUUUGUUUUCUGGGUGGUUUUUUUGCCGCACUGAGCGGCAAGAGGAACUUCCCUGACCAGGGAUCAAACCUGUGACCCCUGUGGAAGCUCAGAGUCUUAACAACUGGACCACCAGGGAAGUUCCUGCGAGUUAUGUUUUAUCGAGGACCUUACUGAGGACAGUAGCCUGGGAGACAGCCUCUCAGAUUGCUCUGCAGAACUGUUCCAAAGAGGUAAGGGAGGAGCCAGGAUAUAUAGGAGUUUUUUGCUGAAAAACAAACAAAACACUUGUAGUCAAACAUCAAAAGAUUACCGCUAAUCACAAAAGACAGACAUCUCAAGUUAAUGAUUUCAGCAGUUUUCUUCGGAAGAUGAAAGAAUCUGGGCAUUGAAAUGAUUCCUAGAUAUGCAUCUUAACUAUCUAGGGCCAGUAUCCUGUUUUUCUCCAUCCUGAAUUCCCCUCAGGGCACACCGUCAGGGGCUGAUGGCUUGAUGGCGGCAACAUUCUUUGUUUAUUGAAAUGGCAGGCAACAUUUUUUUGUCCCCACCAGCAUACACUUGCCACCUCCCCGGCCCUCACCCAACUGCUCCCCUAACAAGAACCUCGCUAGGCUACAAGCCCACCUGGUAAACCAGUAACAACCCAGCCAGGAGUCUUGUAGCAGCUUGCCUUGGCAGGUGGAUUAUCCAUACACAACAGUCUAGCCCAGGGGAGGCUUCUUCUGCCCCGGCUGGUCACACCUGCCCACUAACCCAAGGCUCCAUUCUCCAUUCAAGAGCCUCUUGCCAUGUAUUCCAAGGGCACAUUUCCAAAGAGGGAUCAAGGGGCAAAGGGAGCAGAGAGAAGAGUUCAGGGUUUCGGCUUAGCCUAGACAGAGAUGUCUCAAAAGAGCUGCCCCCAGCGUUAGGAGCAUGCGUCAAAACAUGCCCGCAGGUAAGCCCAGGAGAGGACCUUCCCGACUCACGCAUGCGCAGAGCCACCAGCUCCUCUCCCUCCGGCAGGCUUUUCUAGCGCCUGCGCAAGAUCCUCCAGACCGAUAGAGGGCAACGAGCCGAUCCUCACACGGGUUUGGCACUACCGGCAUAAUCCGGAAGCAGCCGCUAACCCGGAAGUGGUCGAGUUAUAUAGGUCGAGUUCCGGAGGUGGUGGCGGCUGUGUGUGAGGCUUGGGAGGCUGCUGCGACGCUAGGAUGAACGCGCCUCCCGCCUUCGAGUCGUUCUUGCUCUUCGAGGGCGAGAAGAAGAUCACCAUUAACAAGGACACCAAGGUACCCAAUGCCUGUUUGUUCACCAUCAACAAGGAAGACCAUACGCUAGGAAACAUCAUUAAAUCGCAGCUGCUGAAGGACCCACAGGUGCUGUUUGCUGGCUACAAAGUCCCCCACCCCUUGGAACACAAGAUCAUCAUCCGCGUGCAGACCACACCGGACUACAGCCCCCAGGAGGCCUUCACCAACGCCAUCACAGACCUCAUCAGCGAGCUCUCCCUGCUGGAAGAGCGAUUCCGGGUGGCCAUCAAAGACAAGCAAGAAGGAAUCGAGUAGUGGGCUGCACCCGGCUCUUCUCCAGGCACCAGGUGGACAAAAGCACUUCCUCCAGCCGUGGGCCUCCUUGUAGAAAGUCCCUCACCCCUGACACCGAUGUGUCCUGUACACAGAGUCUGUCUUACCUUCCUAAUAAAGUGUGGCAGGAAAAGA